UACCUUUCUCGGCCUUUUGGCUAAGAUCAAGUGUAGUAUCUGUUCUUAUCAGUUUAAUAUCUGAUAUGUGGGCCAUCGGCUCACACGAUAUUAACUCUAUUUUUUAAGGGAGAAAGCCCAUUAAGGUAGCUUGCUACCUGGGCUUUCGCGAGUCGCCCAUGCGUUGCACUAUUGCACGGGCCUGCCUGGCUCAUCCCAUCAACCAAUAGUUAAAAAUGUCCUUGUUUUGUGAAUAUAUAAAAUCCGGAAAAAGUCUAAUGAAACGUUUGUUCUAAUUUCUUAAACCCUUAUAGCCUGAGGGAGUAUAGGCCUGAGAGUUUUGGUGAGAAAACUAAUCAUCGGUGUGUGAUAAUGUCCGAUAAUCUGAAGCAUCCUCUCGAUAUCACGGCUUCUCAGGAAUCACUCGAGAGAGACCCUAAGGUUGCGAGAAUCGAGGGGUUCAGUGACGACGACGACGACGGAGAGGAACAAGAAGGAUUGGUCGAGUCGGAGUCGGAGCUGUCCAUGAACCCAGGGAAUCCUAGAUUGCAGCGUUACUUGGUUGCCAUCGAGUAUAUCGGAACUCGUUUCUCCGGUUCACAACAGCAACCUACGUACCGCACCGUCGUCGGUGUAUUGCAGGAGGCUUUUCAUAAGUUCAUUGGUCAGCCUGUUAAGAUCCUCUGCUCAAGUCGAACGGAUGCGGGAGUGCAUGCACUAUCAAAUGUUUGCCAUGUAGAUGUGGAACGCAUCAGUAAAAGGAAGCCGGGUGAAGUGUUACCACCGCAUGAGCCUGAUGUGGUCCAGAAAGCUGUCAACCAUUUUUUACAGAAAAAAGAAGGUGAUGUUAUGGUGAUUGAUGUUCGCUGUGUCCCAAGAAACUAUCAUGCCAGAUAUAAAGCCCGGGAGCGCACAUACUUCUACCGCAUGCUAUCGGGGUCGGAUCCAUUAUCAAUUCUUGAAAAAGACCGUUGCUGGCAUGUUCCUGAGGAGCUAAAUCUUCGCUCUAUGCAGGAAGCAUGCAAAAUUCUUGUUGGAACUCACGAUUUUAGCUCCUUCAGGGCAUCUGGUUGCCAGGCAAAGUCACCUGUGAGAUCUUUAGAUGAACUAAAUGUUACUGAAGUACCAUCAACUCCAUACUUUCCAUCUAUCGCGGAUAGGGCGUGGAGUAAUCUAAACAAUGGAGAUCCUCUCGCAUGUUCCAGUCAACCCAAGACUGAGACUGUUAGUGUUGCUACUAAUGUUGGAGAAGCAGAGGGGUCUACAGAUGGUGAUUCUUUUGGUGCAAGGAGACGGCACCGCUGCUAUGUAGUUACAGCGCGUUCCCGCGGUUUUCUGUACCACCAGGUUCGACUGCUUGUAGGAGUACUAAAAUGCGUAGGCACUGGAGAAUUGACGGUUGCAGACGUUGAACGAAUCCUGGAGGAGAAGACAGUGGCUGCAACCAAACCCAUGGCUCCUGCUUCUGGUCUAUAUCUUGCCCGUGUCAAAUACGAGUUUCCAUGAAGACUUAAGUUCACUUCAUUUCCGCAACAAUGGGUGAGGAGUCACCAGAAUGGAUUCCGUUCAGAAGCUGAAUCUUAUAUACUACAGUUCCGGACGCCAUUCGAAUCUUUCUUAACCAUUAUUUCUUCUAAAUAACCAUUAUAAAUUCUAUAUAAGAUGUUCAAUUUUUCUUCUACUUUUUAACCAUAAUUUCCAAUAAUAAUUUUCUGUUUUA